GUUUUGCCCCACGAAGAUGAACUGGGCACCCGCGACGUGCUGGGCUCUGCUGCUGGCAGCCGCCUUCCUCUGCGACAGCGGCGCGGCCAAGGGCGGCCGCGGAGGGGCGCGAGGCAGCGCCCGGGGAGGACUCCGCGGGGGGGCGCGUGGGGCCUCGAGGGUGCGCGUGAGGCCAGCACCACGCUACGGUGCUCCGGGCUCCUCCCUGCGCGUGGCUACAGCAGGGGCGGCGGCGGGGGCGGCGGCGGGGGCGGCGGCGGGAGCUGCCGCGGGCCUGGCGACGGGCUCGGGCUGGAGAAGGGCCGCAGGGCCCGGGGAGCGCGGCCUGGAGGACGACGAGGACGGGGUUCCCGGAAGCAACGGGACCGGCAUCUACAGCUACCGGGCGUGGACUUCGGGCGCUGGGCCCACGUGCCACCCGCGCCUCUGCCUCGUGCUGGGCGGCACCCUCCUGGGGCUGCUGCGGCCCUAAGCCAGGCUGGGCACGGGGAUCACAUCUGGUUCCCGGCCCAUGCCGUUCCCCAAGUUCUCAGGCCGGGACUCCACUCCCUCCCUUGCCCACAGCCUUGAGCCCCAGUGGGGACAGGAGCUGCAGGCUGUCCCUGUGGACCCGCCA